AUGAGGCUGGUAUCAUACUCGUCGAAGCAAGCUUGGAGUUUAAGUAACAGCACCGAACCAGUUGUGACACCGAUCAGAGGCUACAAGGGUAUGUGUCUGCAAGCAUCUGGCAAUAACACUGUCCAGGUCAGCAGCUGCACGGACCAAAGUGUCCAGCAAUGGGCCCUCUAUCCUGAUGGCACUGUCCGGCCAAGUAUGUCGACUACAAAGUGUCUCAAGUCGAAAGCCUCUCCGGAUGGUGAAGUUGUGGUUCAUGAUUUGUGCGACGGAGGUAAGGCUGAACGGUGGUUAUUCAAUCAUGACCGCAGUAUUUCUGAUGCGGUUAAUCAAUAUGUUCUGGAAGUGGAGAAUCGGAAGAUAAGUGUUGUGAAACGUUCUGCAGAUGCGCCUACCACGCAACAGAUCUUCGAUAUAAACUUUGUCUGA